AAAACUCAUUGUGGUCAGAUGCAUCAGAGGGUUCCCUGUCCCUACUGUGGAUGCACCUACACCCAGAAGGCAAGCAUGGAACGACACCAGAGACAGCAUACUGGUGAGAGGCCCUAUGUUUGCCCCCUCUGUCCCAGGGCCUACACAAGGAAAGAAAAUUUACACAUGCACAUGUCGAGGUCACAUCCA